AUGGAUGAAGUAUUAGAAAUGAUUGCUGAUGCAGUUUCCUCAUUGGUUGUUGCAAUCACAGAUAGUGAAGAGAAAAAUACUCUUUUUGGUGAUAUGGUACCAGGUGUUGAAUUAAUUCAACAAGCAGUUAAUGGAAUGGCAGAAGCAGCAGAGGAAACAGUAUCAUUAAUUGAUGAAGAGUUUAUUGGACAAUUAGAGAGUACAUCAAAACAAUUAAAGAAUUCAGCAGGUCAAUUAUAUGUUCAUGCAGUUCGUGCAAGAGAAGAUCCAUGGAAUAGAGUACCACAAAAGGAUGCAAUUAAAGCAGCCAAACAAAUUCUUCAAAAUGUUGUAUUAUUGGUAUUGAUUGAAGAGCAAUCAAACAUUAAGGUAUUGGUAAACAUUGCAAAGAAAGCAGCUGAAGGUGUAAGAAGAAUCGAUGAGAUUGAAAAUAUUAAGCAAUUGGAUGUUAUGAUUGGUGACGUAAAUCAAUUACAAAAUGAAUUGGUUAAAAGAUCACAACGUCGUUCAGAGGGUAGCCACAAUCCAGAGCUACGUUCAAAACUUGAAGAUAUCGCCACAAUGGUAAACAUACUCUCUGAACAACAUCAAGCAAGUGCUCGUGAUGUUUGUAGAAAUCCAAGAGAGGAAACCCUAAGAUCAAAACGUUCAGAACUUUCAAGUAAAUUAUUAUCAGCAAUCGAUGAUUUAAUCUACACUAUUAAAUUGAUUUUCGAGAAUAAUACAAAAUUCGUUGAUCUCGCUUUCAAAUGGAAACCAGUUCGUACAAUGGCUGAAGAUGAAGUUACUCGUGCCUCCGCUGUUCUUAUUGAUAAUCUUCGUACACUUCCAAAAUCAAUUGAGGCUGGUAAUGGUCCAGCAGCAGCUAGAGAGAUUGUCAAUGCUGCAAACUUACAAAUUUCAAAUGCAAUCAUCGUUGCAAAUCGUUGUCAAGAUCCAGUUAAAAAGAAAAUGUUAUUGAAACAAAUUGAAGAAUUAAAGAAAUUGACACCAAUGCUUAUCUCUGCUAUGAAACCAGUUUUGGAGAAUCCAAAUGAUCAAGAAGCUCAAAAACAUUUAGAAUCUGUAAUUUAUUCAACCCAAAAAGCAUCUGAAGCAUUGGCAACCGCAGUUGUUUCUUCACCAGCAGAAAUUGUUGCAGCAUCUGGUGUUUCAUUAGCAAGAGAUUUAGAUUCUUUAGAGGAAGCAAUUGCAUCAGGUGAUAAGAAACGUGCUCAAGUUAUUCUCUCUCAUAUUCCAAGUGCAAUUGAUAAACAUAUUGAAUUGGCAAAUGCUCUCUUAGAGACUAUUACAGAUCCAGGUCAACGUCAUCAAAUUAAACAAUCCAUUGAAAGAUUACAAACACUUAAACCAAGAAUCAUUGAAAAUGCAAAUAGAGCAAUCGCCAAUCCAAAUGACCAUGAAGCUCGUAAAAAUCUUUCAUCAGAUAUUAAAGAAGCCAAAAAAGCAAUUGGUCAAAUCAGUCAACCAUAUGAAGUCGUUUCAGCUCUCAAUACUAAAAUUCAUAAUGAUCUUGAUUCACUCAUUAAAUGUAUCGAUGAAGGUGGUCCAGAUAUGCAAGUUAAAGGUGUUCAAUAUGCUAAAGAUAUAGCAAACUCUAUUAAAAAACAAAUUGAAGCAGCCGAGGCAUACGCUCAAACUAUCACUGAUCCAGAUCGUAAGAAACAAGUACUAGAUUCAAUUGAACAACUUAAAAAACUUACUCCACAACUUUUAGAAGCAAUUAGAGCAUGUUUAGCAAAUCCUGAUGAUAAAGAAGCUCGUAAGAGACUCGAUGAUGUCGUCAGAAGAGUUAAAGAAGCAAGUAGUAAUCUUAGUCAAGUCAUUCAACCAACUGCUGAUGAACUUAAAGAAGAAAAGAGAAAGAGAAAUGAAGAGAUUGCAAGAAUUGAAGCAGAGGAAAAAGCAAAAGCUCGUGCCUUAUUAAAAGCUGCUGAAUUGGCAAGAAUUGAAGCAGAGGAAGAAAAGAAACGUUUGGCUAUAAUUGAAGAAGAAAAGAAACGUUUAGCUGCAGAGGAAGAGGAAAGAAAACGUGCUCCAAAACUCGUCGUUCCAGAAGGUCCAGUUAAUAAAGCAGUUUUCGGUGCUGCCGCUGAUGUCGCUCAAGCUUUAGAAUCAAAAGUUCGUGAUGGUACACCAUUGGGUAUACUCGUUCAAUUAUCCGACGAAAUCGCUCAACAAAUGGCUUUAAUCGCAAGUUUCGCAAUGAAUGGUGAUGUUAAAGGUAUGAUUACUGCUGCUCGUAAAAUCGCAGAUACCAUCAAACAAGUUCAAACUCAAGCUAAACAUAUCGCUGACAAUUGCACUGAUCCACGUUUAAAACAAAAUGUUUUAACCUAUUGCGAUUGUGGUGGUAAUUUCAGUACCCAACUUAAAAUCCUUUGCGCCGUUAAAUCAAAUGAUUUUAAUGAUCCAACCGCUGAAGAACAAUUAGUUACUUGUGCUAAAGGUUUAUCAGGUGCUGUAAUUAAUCUUGUAAAAUCUUCUGAAGCUGCAUCAAUUAAACAAAGAAAAGUACCACAACAAUAA